UUCACUUUGUCCUCUCCUUUUUCAACUUUAUCAAAAGAAGAACCUUAUAGAGGAAAAAAAUACCACACCAUCCCUUGUUUCCUUCACACACAGUUGAAAGUGAAACCUGCCUGAAAAUGGGGAAAAUUUGGGUUGAAAUCUGCUUGAUAUCUGCCCGGGGACUCAGGCGAACUUCGUCACUGUUUAAGCUCCAAUGGUUUGCUGUUGGGUGGAUUGAUCCCAAAAGCAAAUACUGCACAAAGAUUGAUGCUUCAGGGAAUGCUAAUCCAGUUUGGAAAACCAAGUUCUCGACUUUGGUUGAUAAUUCAGAACCUAACUUCAGAGAUUUGGCUCUGCAGGUGGAGGUUUACAGCAGAGAACCUAUCUUCCUUAGGAAGAGGUUACAAGGAACAGCAACUGUUGUCUUGAAAGAAUUUCUAGACAAGUAUAUCAACAACUCUGAGGCUUCAAAGCCAGUUGAAGAAGUUGGGAGCUUUCAGCUUCGAAAAAGGAAAUCCAGCAAACCUCAAGGCUUUGUUGAUAUCUCAAUCCGGAUUUCGGAAGAAAGGGAAGAGUCUAGUUCAUAUCCAGGUAGGGAGGAGGGAUUUAACCUUGAGGAUAAUAGAACUGGCAUUAGCAUUGCCAAUGACUAUGGAUCAUCCCAGAGCUACUACCCACCACAACUGCCUCUAGCCCCGCCGCGCAGGCCAGAGAAUCAGCCACAGACUAAUUCCCCAUAUGCCCAUCCAAUGCCCCUCCCUGCAAAUUAUUCUUCAUCAGUUGGCGGACCAAGCUACCCUUCAGCAGGCGGACCAAGUUAUCAGCGACCGCGAAAACCACCACCGCCGCCGCCGCCGCCGCCUUCUAAUGUUGGUUAUAUACCCACAUUUCUUCCCAGAACAGAUCAUUUACAACCGAGUUAUAUAAAUAUGCCAUCGUCUGGACCAGCCCCUGGACGCGGCGGUGGACCUGGUUUCGGAAUGGGGGUGGGUGCGGGAGCAUUGGCAGCUGGUGCUGUGAUUUUUGGUGAUGAUUUUAUGUCAGGAUUUGAUUUUCCAGGAGGCUUACAAGAUGCUAGGCUUACCAUAUCAGCUGAUCCUCCUUUCUGAAGAAGCACCAUCUAUUGCUUGUAAUUUCUUUUUCCUAAUUCCUCGUUUGUUAUUGUGUUGUUAUGCAAUACAUAUGAUGUUCAAAUUUAGCCAUUCCACUACUUUUCUAGUAAAUUUUUCAUUUUAAUAGCA